CGUCAAUAAACCAAACCUAUUGUUUUGUGUUCCUUUAAAUUGCUUGACAUGUCCUUGGGAUUUUCGUCUUCCAUUGGUCAGUCAACCAAUGUGGAGCGGAAGCUGGAGAAUAAUAAAUUGAAAAACUUUGGUUUUCUUGUGCCACACAUAUCUGAGUUUGAGUAUGAAUUACAGGAGCUUUUAGUUGAGAUUGAUAUGCUCAUUGAGAAGAAGAAAUGUGAGUGGGAAAAAGAUCUUAAAGCUCUUGAAAGAAAGCUGUCGAUUAAGGUGUCUGAAAAUGACAGGCUUCAGGGUCUUGUUAACGAAAAAGAAAGGGAUCUACAAGAUGCUUUUAGGCGCCUUGAAAUGGUUGAAUCCAAAGAUCCAAGGAUUUGUUAUGGCAAGCAGAUUGAGGAAUUAAGUCACAAGGUUGACGCAAUGAAAGCUAGUUACAGUAAUCUCCAAAGGAAAUAUCAAAAGCAAUUAGUUGCAGAAAAAAGUGAUUUCUCAAUGCAUCUACGUAAUUUAGAGACUGAAAAUGAAGCUCUGAAAGCCGAUUACGAGAGAUUAAGACAAAAAAAUGAACAGAUUAUUUCAUCACUGAAACAACAGUUGGCUGAUCAAAAAAAUAGCACACUUGAUAUUCAGAAACGGUAUGGUGAAUUGCAAUCUCAAUUUGAAAUAAAAUUACAAGAGGAAACCAAUCAAAAGAAUAAUAUUAAAGAGAUGAAAGAAGAGCAUCAGUUAGCCAUCGACAAACUUAGUAAACAGUUAAAUGAUCAUAAAAAUACAAUUAAGCUUCAGGCCGAAGAAUUAAUGAUUACCAAAGCAUCACUCACAAAUAAAAUUUCGGAGAUUCAUCGCCUUCCUCGUGAAGCUGAAAUGAAAAAGUCAGUUAUCAAUGGUUCUCAGAAAUCUGUAAAACGUCAAGAAAAAACCAUGACAAAGCGUUUAAACUUGCUGUUACAUCGAAAACACAAUUCAACACCCAAUAUAUCAGUUAAACAUGGACAAACUUCACCUACUGAUUUAUCAUCACCAUUACAACAGUUACAGCAGGCUCUCAGUGAUCAAGAAGAAAUUACUCAUAAAGUUAAGUACUUGGAAAAUCAACUGAGUGAAGCUAAUAAUACCCUCAUAGAUAAAAUGUUAGAAAUAAGUCGACUUGAAAAUACAUGUCAAGUAGCGUCUGCUACAAUUCGUCGUCUAGUGGAAUCCAAAGCAUAUUCUAAUGGACAAACUAAGUCCCUGGAAACUUCCAUUGAUGAAGCCCGUGAAAGAGUGGGGAAUUUUGAAAGAAAGCUUUCUUUAGUUGAAAAGAUUCAAGCAUCCAGAUCAUAUGAAAUAAAUCAGACGCCAAGACAUUGUACUUCAGAUGAAGGUGUACAAACAAGUGACUAUUUACUGCCCAAUGAUGGACCAAUCAAAGUAACACCUACUUUAACCUUCAAUGAUACGCAGUCAACAAAUUUCACUUCGUCCAACUCAUUAACAAAUACGGAAGAGUUGAAUAAAAUACCUAAUAAUUAUUGUGCUGAUCUUAAUUCAACACUAUUUAUCAAUCAAUCAAAUAGUAAUAUCCAUCGUAAAACUGUUAACGCUCCAGUAGAUCUAGUCAAUAAGCAAAUUGAAAUGGAAGUCAAUCACUCUCAGGCUCAAAUUAAUCAAGGAAACAAAAGCUGUCCGAAUUUCAAACAAGAUUUUCACAGUAACAUCAAUUUACUUGCUAACUCUACGGAUGUUUGUAACGAAUCUAAAAAUUUUGAACAGUCAAUAGAAAUUACACCAAACAAAAUAUUUAAAAAUAAAGAUGAAAAACAAAUUUUUCCACCCGGUGAAUCUGAUGUUGUUGCAUCAUGUAAACCAAUACCAUCGGCACGCUUUAAAUUGUUGUCACCCUCAGUUAAAUUUUUGGAUGAUAAUAAUAAUGGUACCAAUUCAAACGGAAAUGGAUUAAUCGAUUUAGAUAAGCAGGACUAUGCUACUGUUUUAGAACCCACACUAUUGACGUUAAAUUCACCAGUUUCUGAAAUAUCAAAAUUUGCCAAAAUCAAUGAAACUAUUAUUGAUUCAUUUCCAAAUUCAUGUUUGGAUUAUUCUACUGAUUCAAUUAGAAUUGUAUCCACAUGUGUUCCACACUUCUCUGUUUUCACACAAGAUAGUACAUUUGUUGAAUCAGAUACAAAUUUUCAUUGUUAUCAAUCAAUGAAUUUGUCAAAUGAAGAACAGUCAUCAUCAUUUGAAAAGAAGUCAAAUCUUCAUCUACCAUCAUAUUGUUCAACAUUCAUAUCACCAUCAUCAUCAAUAUCAUUAUAUCACUCUCAAUUUAAUCAUAAUAGUUUAAAUGAAGAAGAUACAAAUGUUUAUAAUUUAGCUGCACAAUUUUUAGUGGAUGAACAAAAGCAUUCCAUGUUAUUAGAACAAAAAAUUGAUGCACAUUUAAGGUGUUUAGAAGAACAUGCUGGACAUUUAAAUGAAUUAUAUUAAAUUUGCAUAUUUUUUAUAUAUAUUUCUUCAUUUACUUUGAUAUAAGUCAACCUUUUUUUCUUAUCAUGGUUGUGUUUCGAUGUCUACUAAUAACGUUAAGUUUUAGUAGUAUUUCUUGUUAGAAUACAUUUUUGUGAAUGUACAUUAAAACUGUAUUAAAUUAUUUCUCAAAUCUUUUUCUUCUAUGUUCCUAUUCCAUUUAUCAAUCGGAUAAGUAAAGUAAAACUGUUUUCAAGUACAAUUUUCUUAAUAAAAAAUAGUAUUCUUUUUUUUUACCAAAUAUGUUAUUCAACUGUGAUAUAUCUAUAUAUCAAUAUUUGACCUCGUUUUAAUAGUUAACAAGACUUAACCUUUUAUGGGAUAAGUGCAUAGAUACAUAUUACAUUUUUUUACCCUUGUUGAUGUUGGGUUGUUUAUAUUGAUUUGUUGUUGUUGUUGCCGCGUAACACACACAAACACACACGUCUAAACACUAUGUUCAACAAAUAGGCUACCGUACGGAUAAAUGCACAAACCUACACAUUGAUUUAUUAGUGAAUUAACCAGCUUACGCAAACAAUCACAUUAAAUGAUUUUGAAAAUCUAAAUGUUCCUCGACAGGCAAAUGUGUAUUCAUAUUCAUGUUUUAUUAUACUGUGAAAAAUAAUAAUCUCCUACAAUCUUUAGACAUAUUAUGAUGUAUCAUAUAUUCUUUCAAAAAACAAAAAAGAAUAUCCAGAGGAUGAACGACUAGAAUUUUCUUUUUUACACCAUAAUGUCAUAUUUACCUCAACGCUUGUCAACCAUUAUCUCCUCUCUCAUUCUUUCUCUGGGAGAAAUUUUUUUAAAUCUUUUUACACUUAAGAUAGCUUAUUUUACACAAUCUUUUGCUGUUUGUCAAGUAGGUUUUUUAUACGGCAAAUUUUAGUGUAACCAAAAUAUUAGUCUUUUCUGUAUUUUCUUUAAUAUGAAACCAGUUAAAAGACAGUUGUGUUCCAUCGAUUGGUGUUUUAAUUCUAUUUAACGUUUCGUAAACUUGAUUAUUAUUUCUGGUGGAUUAGAAAUUCAUGUUGAGUGCGAAGUAAAGUAAAUCAUGGAACGUUGUAUUUUGCAUAAUCCUAUUGGUAAAGGGAAAUAGUUGUUGUAGCUGAAUAUUUACUACUUACAUAGUAUAUUUAUGGCGUAACUUCACUAAUCAAAUUCGAGAUAGUAGCAUCUAGUUCUUGGUGCAUGAUCCAAACUAUAACGUUGGAUUAUCAAUCAUCUUGUGAAGGGUUUUUGUUAAAAGUGUAAUUGUGGAGUACUUAAAAUACAUCGGGUCAACGACACUGAGUCCGCCUAUUCACUGUAGACAUCAGUUGAAUGAGAAAACAUGCUAACUGCUUACUCUUCCUGAUAUAAGUUAUGUUGGAGGUGUAAAUCAAUGUAGUUUUCACAAAUCUGCCAACGUAUUUGAUUUUUGGCAACGUAGAUAAGUUGGUUUAAUUGUUUCACAAAAUGUUUAUCGUGAUCUUUUGUGAUUUUGUCCGAUUUGAUUUUUGUUCCAUACUUUAUAAGUCAUGC